AUGUAUGCGGGUUCAGGAUUGUCGAGGAUUCGAUCAUCGACGAGGAGCCGAAAUUCUGGUCGGGGAUUCUGUUUUUGUGGCUUACGGGCGCAUAUAACACAAUCUUGGACUGACAAAAACCCAUGUCAACGAUUUUAUGGCUGUCCAUGUUAUAAGCUUGGAGAUGGAUGUGAUUACUUCUCUUGGUUUGAUGAAGAGGAAGGUAUGAAAUGGCAAAGAACAGCUUUCCUUGAAGCUCGUGAUGAGAUCAAUCGGAAGUCGGCGGUGAUUGGAUAA